AAUGAUGAGCCGCCGGUUUGUGCAUGUGCUAGUCAGCAAUAUAAUAGGCCGCCCCUGCACCUACACGCUGCACAGUAUCAAUGCCUCGAGCUUUUUCUACCCAGAAAGACUAAGUAGAUUUGCAGCUACAAUUGAGGAUGAUCUGCUGCCUCAACCGGCCAUGUCCUUCUACCAUCCAGGCAGCCCUCCUGAGUACUACGGAUCCAUGGACUUCAUGCCUCUUGGCCGCAACCGGAACGACAUAGUUGGCGUGGAUCAUAGGGGGCGUACCAUCCUUUACGACACCGCCGUGCCUGCUGUCCGAACCAUGCCCACGCUGCACGUCCCCAAGUCUUUCCCCAUCUCUAUCGCCGCCGGCGACAGCCUCUACGUAAUGAACUCGAGACUUGGGCCGCCUCAACAACACACCUUCGAGGCCCUUGUGCAUGGACCCUUGCCGGAUUGCUGUACACACGGCUGGUUCUGGCGCUCUCUCCCACCACCACCCUAUGUGUAUAACCCUGACUACAGUGAAGAUGACCAUGAGUACGAUGAUGAGGGGGAUAUUUUUGAGCCAUACGAAAUUAGAGCCUACGCAGUGGUUGGCGACUCGCAGAUUUGGAUAUCUACUGCGGCUGCAGGAACCUAUUCCUUUGACACGGCAAGCGGUGUUUGGAGCAAACAUGGCAAGUGGUCUUUGCCGUUCCGUGGCGGCGUAGAGUAUGUUCCGGAGCACAAGCUUUGGUUUGGAUUCUCGUCUGAAGAUAGGCGAUUUUGUGCAUGUGACCUCACCUGUGAGGAGGAGGAGCAGCCUUCGUUGCACAAGGUGUGGGAGUUGGAUCUCCGGCUACCGCAAGAUUGGAUACCUAUCAAGCCGUAUCUAGUGCCUUUGGGCUCUGGCAAAUUUUGCGUUGUUCAGUUAUUUACAACGUCAGAGGUAGUGAUUUCUGCAGCGGGCUACAGGUGUCACAAAAGUGAAAUGUUUGCGGUGCUUACGGGUGUGGAGGUGGAGAACGUGGAUGGCAUGGGACUACAUAUGAUCAAGCACAAGUCCAAACGUUACUGUCUUGACGGCAAGUUUGUUAGGCAGGUCAUUUGAUUCCGUUUGGCUUAAGAUUUAAGGGUGUGUUUGGGUGAGCUCCACUUCACUUCACUCCACUCCCCUCUCUCAACUCCACUCCACCAACCAGCUCCAGAGCAGUUAAAAAGGUGUUUGGCUCAUGAUGUAGCUCCAGCUUCAGAUUAGAGAGAGAGGACUAGACUACCCGUUAUAUUUUCUCCUUAUUUUUCCACCGAUCUGGACUGCAUGAUUCGUGGGUGUCUGGCGUAAGAUGGUUU